UGCGAUAAUAACCGGUAUAUUAACCACAAAUAUACUCACAUCGAAAAAGAUUAUAAUUUAGUAUUUAAUACACAAUGAAUGCAAACCAUAAGUUUGAUUGAGAGGUUUGAUCGGCAAUAAUGAGAUGCAGUAAUUGUUUCGCACAACUCAUCACUUAUUGGUCUCGCGAUUCAAAUAAAUCCAUUGACAACUCCGGGAACCACUUCGACAGUGAAGUAGACGCCUCAGCGAUGGCUACAUUUGACAGCUAUUAUCCCCGAAACAACACCGGUCUUCGCGAGUGUCCGUUCGACGCCAACCAUAGGAUCAAAGACAGUAAAUACGCCAAACAUGUGCUCAAAUGUGAACAACGGUUCCCGAAUCACGUCCGACGAGUCAACGCAAGCGCUGGUCGCCAACCGGUGUUCGCGUCCAUGGAUUCGAUCGAUUCGGGUCUUAACAGC